AUGAACUCCAAAAAGAAUUCCACCAUUAUUUUAUCACAUUCAGGUGAAAAUACCAUACCUGAGUCAUCACAGAAAAAAGAACAAAAUAAUGCAAAAUCAAGCAGUUAUAAUUCUUUCAACUUAUUUAGUUUGAAAGGUUAUGAUAUGCCACAAACAUUAGAAGAACAAUUAAAAAAAAAAGAGAUACGAAAAUCUUCAGAACAAAAAACUCCAUAUAAUGUGAAUAGAAAUAUUUUAUUAUUUGUGUAUUUUGCAUUAAUUGUUUUAACAAAUCGAUUGUUUUUUGGAUGGCCAAAUUUAUCAAAUUUAUUAUUUAGAGAAGACACAUAUAUAUGGAAAUGCAAAAAGAAUUCUGAUGGAACUUAUGAUAGAGUACCAGAUAAAAGAUAUGUGUGUGAUGAUCAAGAUAAAGCAGUACAAACAAUUUUUGUCUUUGGUUCCUCUGCAUAUUUUGCUUUUUCUUUUUUUAAUGGAUUAAUAGUAGACUAUUUAGGUUCUAGGUUUAGUAUGUUAUUAGGUCAUAUUUUAAAUUUAAUUGGAUGGAUAUUAAUUCUUGUAUCAAACGAAAAUUUUGAUGCAUAUGUUAUUGGAGGUAUAUUUACAUCAGCAAGCAUUGAUUUAGCAUCUUUUUCUACUUUAAAUGCAUCUGGUUUAUAUCCAGGAAAUGAAAAUUUAAUUGUUAAUAUAAUUUCUGGUGCAGGGUCUUUAUCUACUGGUACUAUGACUAUUCUUGAUUUAAUAAUAAGUGGUCUGAACUUAUCUUUCAAAACAUUUAUGCUUUGGUAUAUGUGCAUUAGUGUUGGAUUUUUUUUUAUAAUAACUAUUUUCCUUUUUCCUAGAACUAGGUAUUUUAGGCAAUAUGAAUUUGAUAAUUAUUACAAAAAUAAAGAAAUUAAUUUAGUAGAAAAGGAAGAAAUGGAUACGAUGAAAAAAGUUGAUGAGAACAAUUAUGUAUUACAAAAUGUUGAAAUACAAGAGGAUAUAGAAAUGGAUAAUAUGACUUCACGUAAAAGCGAUUAUAAUGAAAUGGGAAUAAAUGAAAAUAGAAAGGUAGAAGAUUAUGCUAGUACAAAUAAUAGUAGUAUUACUUCUAAAAAAAAACAAAACAUAUUUAAAUCUACUACAUUUAAGGAUUUAUUCAACAUUUUUACCUGUGCUCACUUUUUAUGCUUAUGGAUAUAUGGUCCUUUAAAUGCUAUUUAUAACACUUUUUAUUAUAGUGUUGUAGAAAACAUUUUAUCAAAAGAUAAAAAUGAUAUACUUGGUUAUAUUUUGCCAUUUUCUUUUAUACCAUGUGUAAUACUAGGAAAUAUAACAGACAAAUUUGGUAUUAUGAUUAUGUUUGCAUAUGAAUUACUUUUUGCAAUGUCUAUGUAUGCUUUUAGCUAUUCCAAAUCAAGUAUUGCUCAAUGGAUAUCAGUCAUUUCAAAUACUUUAUAUUCAGCUUGUGCAAAUGGUCAAUUAUGGACUUUCAUAUCUUACACUUUUAGUUCAAAAUAUCAUUCAACUCUUAUUGGGUUUUUAAAUUUUGUUUGUGGUAUUGUGUCUUUUGUUCGAUUAUUAUUAUUUGAAUGGGCUAAAUAUACCAAUUAUGAUUUUACUUAUAUUAACUUACUUAUUAUAUGUAUGAUCGGUGUUAACAUAGCUUUAGCAAUUGCUCUUGUAUUUAUUAGAAAGAUUAAGGGAGAAAAAGUUAUUUACGGAGAUGAAAAUCCAUCAAAAUAA